GCUGCUCUCCAGCCAGACCUCUGCGUGUCCGGAGGAAGGGACAAGAGUGUGGCUGUGUGCAGCUGGAGGUCGGGGGCUGCACUGCGGCGCUUCGUGGGGCACGAGCGGGAGGUCACCAAGGUCACCUCUGCCCUUGACUCCAGCAGAGUCUUCAGUGCAUCCCGGGACAAGACGGUGAUGAUGUGGGAGCUUCACGGGACCUCAGGGCCAAGCCAGCACUUCCCAGGGCAUGACCUGGUUGUUACUGGGCUGGCUGUGAGCCCAGAUGCCUCCCAGCUGUGCACAGGCUCACGAGACAACACCGUGUGCAAGUGGGACACGGAGACCGGAGAGCGUCUGGGCAGAGCCAUGAUCUCCAGGAAUCUGGUCACACACCUGUGCUGGGUUCCAGGGGAGCCCUAUGUCAUCCAGACCUCGGAGGAUAAAACCACCAGGGUCUGGGACAGCCGGGAGCUGCAGGUGGCACACACAUUUCCAGCCAAGCAGCACAUCCAGACGUGCUGCGACGUGAGCCAGGACGGGCGGUACUGCCUCAGCGGCAGCAGCGGCUCCGCUGGCCAGGGCGGCGAGGCCACCCUGUGGGACCUGAGGCAGACCAGGAGCAGAGUGUGUGAGUACAAAGGGCAUUACCAGACCACCACCUCCUGUGUCUUCCUGCCCUGGGGCUCAGCACUCACCCCCAGCAUCGCCACGUCCUCCAACGACAGCACAGUGAAGGUCUGGGACAGAGACACUGGAGCCUGCCUGGCCACCCUGUUCCUCGAGGGCUCAGGCCCCCUGGCCUCCCUGGCUGCCUGUGACAGCUCCACACUGCUCUGUGCCAGCUCCAACUCUGGCAUUCACGUGCUGCAGCUGAGCGGCGGCGCAGAGCUGCAGCUGGAGGAGGUGGCAGUGUUCUGA